AUGAACAUGACACACGCAGGACUGCUAAUAGGACCCCUCGUGACUGGCGAGGCGAUUUCCAUGGCACCGUCUGUCUGGGCCGGAAUCCCCGGUUUGAGGACCUUGGCGUUCCGCCGCUAUACGGACACAAUGUAUCGCAAGAUCGCCACUCUUUCAGCCCUUGUGGCUGCGGCUUCUGCUCAGCAGGUCUGCACAUUGACCGCAGAGACUCACCCGACCAUGAGCUGGUCCAAGUGCGCCGCUGGUGGCACAUGCACGACUGUAAGCGGUUCGGUUACCAUUGACGCCAACUGGCGAUGGCUUCAUCAGACAUCGACCAGCACCAACUGCUACGAUGGAAAUGAGUGGGACACAUCAUACUGCAGCACUGGCGCAGACUGCGCUGCCAAGUGCUGUGUUGACGGCUCUGACUACUCUGGAACGUAUGGUGUAACGACCAGCGGCAACGCUCUGAACCUCAAGUUCGUUACCCAGGGACCGUACAGCACAAACAUUGGGUCCCGUAUGUACUUGAUGGAAUCCGAUACCAAGUACCAGAUGUUCACCCUUCUCGGCAACGAGUUUACAUUCGAUGUUGACAUGUCCAACCUCGGAUGCGGUCUUAACGGCGCUCUCUACUUCGUGUCCAUGGACUCCGAUGGCGGUGCUUCCAAGUACACUACCAACAAGGCUGGUGCCAAGUAUGGUACCGGCUACUGCGACAGCCAGUGCCCCCGUGAUCUCAAAUUCAUCAACGGUAUUGCCAACGUUGAGGGCUGGGAGCCAUCGUCCAACGAUGCCAAUGCUGGUAUCGGCAACAUGGGCUCUUGCUGCUCUGAGAUGGAUAUCUGGGAGGCCAACUCCGUUGCUGCUGCUUACACUCCUCACCCCUGCCAAACCAUCGGCCAGGAGAUGUGCACUGGUGAUGCUUGCGGAGGCACUUACUCUUCUGACCGUUACGGAGGCGAGUGCGAUCCUGAUGGUUGCGAUUUCAACAGCUACAGACAGGGCAACACGACCUUCUUGGGCAAGGGCUCUAGCUACACCAUUGAUACCUCGCAGAAGAUCACUGUUGUCACUCAGUUCAUUACCUCCGGCAGCACACUCUCUGAGAUCAAGCGAUUCUACGUCCAGAACGGCAAGGUCAUUCCCAACUCCGAGUCCACCAUCAGCGGUGUUCCAGGAAACUCCAUCACCACUGCCUACUGCGAUGCUCAGAAGGUUGCUUUCGGAGAUACCAACGUUUUCGAGCAGAAGGGUGGUCUCGCUCAGAUGGGCGCUGCUCUUGCCCAGCCCAUGGUCCUCGUCAUGUCCCUGUGGGAUGACCAUUACGCCAACAUGCUGUGGCUCGACUCCACCUACCCCGUUGGCAGCACCAAGCCCGGUGCCGCCCGCGGUACUUGCGCUACUACCUCAGGUGUUCCCUCCGAUAUCGAGAAGUCUGCCGGCAGCUCGAACGUCAUCUACUCCAACAUCAAGUUCGGCCCCAUCGGCUCUACCUUCAACAGCGCCGGCACUGGUGGCGGUUCCAGCUCCAGCACCACUGCUCGUGUCUCCAGCUCCACCACUCGCACAAGCGCUACUACCUCAAGCACCUCCGGCUCUGGCUCCGGCAGCGGCACUGCUGCUCACUGGGCCCAGUGCGGUGGCAUCGGCUACACCGGCCCGACCACCUGCGCCAGCCCGUACACUUGCACGUACAGCAACGCUUACUACUCCCAGUGCCUGUAA